CGAUUUUCCCUUUGUAGCCCUAUCUAGGGUUUUUUUUUCUUCCUAAUUUUAAUAUCUGCCGAUUAAUUCUCGAUUUUCUUUAUUUUCAAUCUUCAAUUCAUCCCUUUCAAGAAACAUGUACGGAUCCAGAGGGGGAAUGUAUGGGAGCGGGGGGUUAUCAGAUGGGUACGAGAUCGGCUCAAAGAGACCAAGAAUGAUGGAAUCCGAUCCCUACUUCGCAGUGAGCAGCGGUUCAAGUGGCGGCUACAAACUACACGAUCACACUGGUGGACUUCCGCCGACAACAUUUCCCGUGGUUCGGCUCCGUGGUCUGCCAUACAACUGCACAGAGGUAGACAUCUUCAAGUUCUUUUCUGGGCUUGAGAUAGUUGAUAUGCUUCUAGUCAACAAGAAUGGUCGAUUUCUUGGUGAGGCAUUUGUAGUCUUUACCCGACCCAUGCAUGCUGAUUAUGCUGUUCAAAAGAACCGCCAAAAUAUGGGUCGGAGGUAUGUAGAAGUUUUCAAGUGCAAGAAACAGGACUAUUACAAUGCAGUGGCUGCUGAGGUUGAAUCUGAAGGUUUUGAUCCCAAUUACCAUGAUCGACCAGCCCCUUCACGCUCAAAGAAACCCAAAGACAAGGAUCAAAUGGAGUACACACAAAUACUUAAGCUAAGAGGGCUCCCGUUUACGGUCAAGAAAUCGGACAUUCUCAACUUUUUUAAAAAUUAUAGAGUUGCAGAUGAGAAAGUACACAUUGCUUGCAGGCCAGAUGGGAAGGUAACAGGAGAGGCUUAUGUGACAUUUGAAUCAACUGAAGCUGCUAUGGAAGCCAUGGAAAGAGACAGAAAAAUGAUUGGGACUCGGUACGUGGAGCUGUUCCCUUCAACUCCAGAUGAAGCCAGGAGAGCAGAGUCUAGAUCUAAGCAGUAAUAGUAAGCUUCUGGUUCAUUUGGGGCUGUGUAAGCUACAAAGUUGGUGUUUUUUUCCUGAUUAUUGCCUGUGCCACUUUUUUUUUCUUCUGGUUUUCUUGAUCAUGUCAAUGAUACAUUGAUGGUAGGAUCACAUAUUGUGCUAGUCACUAGACAUGUUUAAUAUUUUGGCAACCAUUAUGCAAAUGUGUUUGUUCAGUCUUUCAUGUACCAA